AUUAUGAGUUUAUUAUGCAUUUGUAAGUUUGGUAUAGAACUUCUGAAUCUUAAAGAUAUAUCUUAUGUAAGAAUUAGGCAUUUAACAGAAGGUCAACCCAAUGGUUUUAAUAGAAAACAGCUAUAUGUUGCUGUCAAUCAAAUCAGCUAGGUCAACUCUCAAGGAGAUGCAGAUAUGGGGAUGAAGUUGUACAUUCUAUUUCUAAAGUUGAACAUGACAGAGUUAUGGGUGGAGUUGUGAGUUCGCUUUGGUUUAAACCAUAUUAAGCAUCCUUUUGAGAAAGGGCGUUACCAUGUAUUUAGCUGACAUAUAGUUUUUAUAGUAUAAAGAGAGAGUUUCAACUGACAUAGGACACACUUACACACUCACCCACCAUACGCAACACAUACAUUUCAAAAGGACAGCAAGGACACUUUGUUUACUUAAGGCCUACACUCAAGCUUACCUCACAAACAGCUGUUCGAAGCUGACACUUCUCACACCACUGAAGCUAGAAGAAGGAUCUUUUACUAUGCUAUCCUUUAAGCUUAUACCUAACUAAUCUUCUGUUAUUACUACAUCAAGCUGUAUGAAGAUUUGAACUUUGUAUGUAUUUACAAGUUGAUGCCAAGUGAGAUGCUAAUAAAACUCAUACUUUGAGUAAGCCCGGCUAUUUGAACUUUUGAACGAAACGUCCUGUGAAAGAAGCUAUUGACAUAACACGUGUCUAAUUUAGCUUCCUACAUAUGGCGAGUCAGCUCAUAAUUAAUCAUUUUUCCUGACACCUUGCUACAAGAGGGGGAUGAGACCCAUUCAUGAGUUCUCAAGCCGCAGGAAAACUCCGAUUAUAGAAUCUAGAAAGGACGUUUGCGCUUCAUCCUACAAGGACAAAAGGUCCAAGGAACCGAGCCGGCUAAGACGUGAAAUUCUACGACUAACGAUAUGGCAUCUGAUAACCAAACAUGGAGGAACACAAAACUCCAAGAAGAAAUAAAAGAAAAUUGGAAAGCAAGAAAAUACACAAAAAGGAGAAAAUUCAUUAUCUCAGGACUCCUUUUUCCAUUAAUGACAUUUUUCUUCAUAAAAACUUACUUGACUUUUUCCAGUUCAGCAGAAGAUAACAAGACUGAGACCCUGCAUAAAAGAGACUUGCAGCUAUCCAGAAAUAAGAGACACUUUCCAAGAUACAGUGACUUUGACACAAGCAAUGACAUAUAUGGAUACGCUUGCAUAGGAUAUGGGGUAACUUGUUGCAUGAGUUUUUACUUUUUCCAUAGCAACACCAUUGAAAUACACGCCAGAAUAGAAUCCAAGACAAAGUUCACAAAAAUGCAAGGAUCAUAUGUACAUAGUAAUACAACUGGUACAUAUGAGUGUAAUCUAACAGAUAUGGGAUUCUGGGUUAUAGUUAUAAAAGGAAAUGAGACUACAGCUUGGACUGGGGAUGUAACUAAUGUUAAGGUACAUACUCCUUCUGUGGGAGGAUCCAAAACUGAUAUUUGGUUUCAAACACAAUAUUAUUUACAGUUUGUAGAUCCUGAACAUUUACAAAUUACAGGAGAUGAAAAAGGAGAUGUAACUCGAGUAUGGGAUUUUCAAAUGACAAGAAGUUUAGCUCAAGUCAAAGUGAAGGUGAUGAUUACUGUUGUGGAUUUAAUUAUUCCAGACAUAAAAGUAUCGCCACAAUCUCUUAAAAUAGAAGAAGGAAAGGAUAAUUUAACUUUGAUGUGUACUACGCAAAUAGAAUUACCUCAGAAUUCACUAUUAACCUGGAAGAGAAAUAGUGAGUUGUUGGGCAGUCUUUUCUAUAGCUCAGCUAGCAUAAUUCGUAAGGGCAAUUUUGGUAAUUUAGAUUGGAAGAAUAAUAGUUUGAUUUUUCAUCACACUAAUCCAAAUCUAAAUGACUCAGGUAUAUAUGAGUGUUGCCUAUCAUUGGAAAAUUAUCCUAUGAAAUGUGAUAUUGCAAAUGUUGCAGUUUUAUCCCCUGAAAAAACGAAAUGUACUAACGGAAAAUUUAUUCCCGCCAGUCCUUUUCAAAUUAAUCAUUUCCAAUCCAGACAUCUUUUAAGAGAAGGACGCUUUGUGAUUAUACUUUGGAAAUUUAACAUUUCUGAAUGGAAAAUGUCAUCAAGGUAUGCUCAAUGUCAAGAGUAUCUAGUUAUUAUGGAAUUGGGUAUUGAUAAAUGGUUUGGAACUAAUAGUAAAAACAACAGCAGGAAUAAACGAGGUAUUGCAGAAGGAAUCCUCGGAGGAAUUGGAAUUGUUGGAAGUAUUACCAAUAGUAUGGAUAUUACUACAUUAAAAUCUGAUCUAGAAACAUCAGGUUUAGUGGGAAGUAAAAGUAUCAAAGUUCAGAGAAAUUUAAAUCAAAUAUUAGAAAAUAUGGUAAUGAAGACAGCAACGGUUAUAGGUCCAUCUAUUAUCCAUUUACAAAAUAUUACUUUGGAUUUAAUGAAGAGUGAACAACAUUCCCACAUAGCCAGAACGUGUCUAGAGAUACAGACAGAGUAUUCCACCAAUUUUAAAAUAACAGCUCAAGCAUUCCAUAGUGGAAUAACUCCUCUAGGGGUUUUACAAAGUUUACCUAAUGAGUAUGUAUUUGCGAAGAAUCAAUGGGUAAAUAAAUGGGUAGGAUGUAAUCAGCAUGAAUGCUUUAGUACCUCAAUGAUUCCUAUAGCUGGGAGAGAACAAAUGUUGGUUCCAAUUACAGUCUUAGGAUUACCAGUAAGUGAUACUCAAUUGUUAUAUUAUCAAUUGCAGUAUACAGAUUUUGCUUUGGAUAGUAAUUUUUCAGAACCAGAACAACUUGACCUAUCUUCAUGUUUACAUUUUCAAUCUAAAAUUAUCUGUUUGCCUAAGCAGGACAAAGGAAUUUUUCAUUCUUGUUUUCAUAAUCAUUCAUUAUGUACGGCGAGAAUAGAAAAAGUAAAAACAGCUUUUGACUUAGUUACUUCAGUAGGUAAAAAGAAGGUUUGUUUUCAAGUUAUGACUAGCACUGAAACAGUUAAAGCUUUUUUCCUAUCCUGUACACAAACAGAAAUCCUGAAUCGAGGAUUAUAUUGUAUUGAAGGUGACCUUACAGGAAUCAGUAUAAAUGGAAUUAGAGUCAAUUUGACUAAUAUUCUUAUGAAAGAUGUGGGUGCUCUUCCUGUACAAUAUAAUAUAUCUCAAGUAGAUGAAUUCCCAUGGAAAGAAUGGGCAGACAUCAUACAAAAGGAUAAGGGCUUAUUAAUUGCUUUAUCUGAAGAACUUCAUAAAGCAGAUAUAGUAUUUAAGCAUGAGCAAGGAAAGUUAAAAGUAAUAGAACAUGAAUGGUCAGCGUUAUCAUCAAAUUCUUUCUGGGCGAAUUUUAAGAAAACCGUAUCAGUUUGGGGAAACACUUCAGUAGCUACUGCAGCAGGAAAUAUAUUAUUGCAUCCAAUAGUUAUUAUUUUUAUUAUUAUGGUGUUAUGCAUAUUAUUUCAAAUCUGUAUUAUGAUUAAGAUGAAACGAUUUUACAAAUUAAUUAAGAAAGAAAUGAAAAAAGGUGAAGAAAUUAUGACAAGUAUUCUUACUCGGAGAAUCACAUCUGGCUUAACUGAUCCGAUGGUAAACUGUGGUACAUCUGGAGCAACUGAUUCAAAAUGUGUGUGAAAGGGCCAUAAAUGAAGUGUGCGUGAUUUAGGUAAUAUAAUAAAUUAUAUUCAGGGGGAAUUGUAGAAUAAUUAUAUUAAUUUGGCUUUUUAUCAAGAUCUUUGGUUUACAAGGUUGAAGUCAUCAUUUAAUGACAUGGCCUAGCAAAAGACAGAUCUUGAAAUAGGUUAGGUACGUAUGAAUGGAGUUUUGUCCAGUUGUCCCGAGGAUGUCCAAGAUUGACAUGGGUUCAGGAGGUCACUGGGUUCACGGCUAAGAAUACUCACAGAGUCAUGUAUCAUAGAGUAAAAACCAGAAAUACUGUCUUCAUAUGUUUCAAAGUUAA